ACCCACAGGCAUUUGUGUCUUGAACGUCACAUGAUGGAACGCUUCGUGGUGGGUUUGGUGCUUGAUUAAACAGCUGUGUCGUAUUCAGCUCACUCCAAUCCAGAAUGACUUGACGUUGAGGAAGUAAAGUAUAUGGAUGCCUAUCUCUGGACCGUUGUUGUAUCCAAAGGAGGGACAUUAUUUGAGGGCUGCAUUUCGCAAAAGCUAACUUUGUUUUUGUUUAAUCAGUGAAGCUAUCCAUAUCCCCAAAGGCUGCCGCUUCCCAACUGCUGGCGCCAGGCUGAAGUGAAGUGCGCAGGAGUAUUGUCCUGUUGCUCCGCACUAAGCGCGCCACACAUCCACUGACCAUUGCUUCUCCGCGAGUCAACUGUAGACAAGUGUAGAGCGACACGAGAGGAAGAGUAUUGUUAGAAAAAGAGCGCUUUCCUCGACAAGACUUCUUUGUGAAGGUUUAGUGCAUUACUGGAGAGAGAGACCAGGCAGACGUUGGUGGUAAGUGGACUCCUCUUUCUGCCGGCGGCGCCCCCUGCAGUUGUGGAUGUGGUAUGACCCUGUGUGGCAGGAAGGUGUUGACAGUGCUGAGCAGUGUGUUCGCAGUGUUCGCCCUGGGCCUGCUGGGCAUCGCUGUCAGUACUGACUACUGGCUCUAUCUGGAGGAGGGCGUCAUCCUGCCCCUCAACCAAAGCACUGAGUUACGCAUGUCCCUGCACUCGGGCCUCUGGAGGGUCUGCUUCACAGCUGCGACGCCAUCUUUCGAAGUGUUUCCGAGCAGUAAACCAGGAGAUGAGAAGGGCCGCUGUUUCACCAUUGAGUAUGUGAUGCCCACCAACGUGCAGCUGACGUCUGAGUCUACAGUUAGUGUGCUGAAGAUGAUCCGUUCAGCCACUCCCUUCCCCCUGGUUAGUCUCUUCUUCUUGUUCAUCGGUUUUGUCCUGAGUAACAUCGGACACAUCCGGCCCCAUCACACCAUCCUGGCCUUCAUCUCCGGAAUCUUCUUCAUCCUCUCAGGUCUGUCUCUGGUGGUGGGCCUGGUGUUGUACAUCUCCAGUAUUAAUGAUGAGAUGUUGAACAGGACCAAGACCAAUGAGGCCUACUUCAUCUACCAGUACGGCUGGUCCUUCGCCUUCGCUGCCAUCUCCUUCCUGCUCACUGAGACAGCCGGUGUCAUGUCCGUCUACCUGUUCAUGAAGCGCUACACGGCCGAGGAGAUGUACAGACCCCACCCGGGCUUAUACGAGCCGCGCCACAGCAACUGCUCUGACUACUCUGGUCAGUUUCUGCACCCGGACACCUGGGCCCAGCGCGGUCGCAGCCCCUCCAGCAUCUCCAGCGACGCCUCGCUCCAGAUGAACCACUCCCUCCAUUCCAACUACCCAGCGCUCCUCAAGUGUCCAGAGAACAACCACAUGUCCUCCUCCCCAUGCUGAGGCCAACGUGAAGCCCUGGAGCCUGGGCAGCGGGUUGCACACACAUCCCCAGGAAGGGAGAGUCUGGCUGGGUUGCUGAGUUGGUAGACUAGGUUGGUCGGUCUGGAGGAGGGCGAUUGGGCGGCUGAUGGGGAGGCGCCUAGGUUGCGUUUUGUGAGAGAGGGGUGGCGUAUCUUUUUCCACGUGUGUGACGGCCUCUUUUGAAGUCCUCUUGUAGUGCAGUUUUGACACAUUUGGGAGAUGGCGACCCCCAUAAACCGACCUUCCUUCUCUGGUUUUACUCAAUGUACAUUAGAAGUAGUGAUUCUCAAUCAGACCUAGUUCACCUUCGCCAUGCAGUACGUUCUCCAUCUUGGUCAAUAGAGAAACCGAUAUCUCCCAGGUAACCCUCAUAGGACUUCUGUCAACUGUAUAACUUGUAAGAUAAUAUGAUACUAUAAGUGGGGAGAUUGAAAGUGAAACGUUCUCUCUUUAUUAUUUUAUCUUGAUUCUAUUUAUUAUGACUAUGUGGUUCAAUCAUACUGCCAGAGAGCAGAAUGUUUAUUACAAGUAUUUUAUCAAUUUGAUUAUUUUUUCACGCUCAGCACUGUUGUACUGUUAAUGAAGACACAGAGAUAAAGUUGGUAUAUAUUUGAAUGGAAAGAAACCAGGAAGCUACUACUACACCCAUGGAGUCCAAAUUGAGUCCCUGUAGAAUGACAGUAUGUACAUAAUGCAGUGAAAAGGAGGGAAUAAAGGGAUGAUGAAGCUAAAGGAGAAAGAAAAGAACGGAUAGUGUAUAGCCUCAAAACAUGGUUUGAUAGUCAUUGAGACCAUCAGAUAUGGAGAGCCAGUUUGAAUGUAAUGUUGCUGAUGAAGAAUGCAAAGUCGAUAUAAGCGAAUCAUGAUUUUGCUGUUAAUAGUGCACCAGGAACAUAUACCUGUACAAGAAUACUGCUCUUUGGCAAUGGGGUAAAUCACUGGAAACGUAACAUGUAUAUUUAAAACAAGUUUUCUAUCAGAUUGCAUAUGCAUACAAAGUAUACAGUGACAUAGUCAGAUGCAAGCUGUUUGGCCUUGGUGUCUUGUGUGUAUCCCAAAUGGUACCCUAUUCCCUAUAUAGCAAACUACUUUUGGCCAGGGCCCUGGCCAAAAGUAGUUUGCUAUAUAGGGAAUAGGUUGCCAUUGGGAAUUUGACAUUGAUAAAGGAAAUACCCUGUAUGGAGGAAUAUAAAAAAAUAUUACGCUGUAAAAUGUAGUAACUUGAAAAUACAUCGUCUCAUAUACAUUAUAUAUUUAAGCUACAGCAUUUAUGCCAUAGUUACACCUCAUUAAUAGUUCCAUCGCUGUACAUUUAAAGUCAAUUAUCAAUUUAUAGAACGCAAUUAUUGUCGAUGUUCAAUGUUGCGACUGAUGUUAGUAAUUGUUAUUAACAUUUUUUCUUGUUCGGUAGUCUCAUUGACAGCCUAGAAGUUUCUAUCCACAGUGCGCAACAUGAUAAAUAUAAGAUUAGCUAUAGCUAAGAUUGCAAGUGGAGAAGAGUGGCAAAAACUAAAAACAUCUGAUAGUGUUAUGGUUGUUCAACAGGCAACAUUUCUACAUUGGAUCUCCAUGAAAUACAUGUUUCCACUUGAUUGCUUUGUUCAGUUUGAAGGAUAAGUUAUAUAUUUUGAGAAAAAAUCUAAACGUUAAAACUGCCAAACAAAUAUGAAAUAUGUUGUACAUUCUAUUUGUGUUAACACUGUAUUUAAUCAUAAACAUGUACAUAGACUGAAAUAACUUUUAUAUAGACUACUACAUGUGUAAGUUAUAAUCAUCUGGAUGUUCUACUCAUUAGUAGCCAUGGUAGUCCCGUGUAGCUCAGUUGGUAGAGCAUGGCGCUUGCAACGCCAGGGUUGUGGGUUCGAUUCCCAUGGGGGGCUAGUAUGAAAAAAGUAUGUAAGUCGCUCUGGAUAAGGGCGUCUGCUAAAUGACGUAAAUGUAAGCCAUAGAACCAUUCAUCUACACAGUAUAUCUAUUAUGCAUGUGAUUAUAGCUGCUUUGCCUCGUGCAUCGCAUAUUGAGAAUGUGAGCUUUUGAAUUUGUUGUAAUACACAUCAUGUUUUAGAAAAGAUUCAAGUCAGAGAAGUCAAUGGAGAUGUCGAAAUAUUUUUUUUACAAAGAGUAAUUUUCAUGAUGUUCGAUGUGCAAUCUACUGUAUUAUAUCUCUGUUGAAAAUAAAUAAAAACUGCUGUA